UAGUUUUUUGCGAAUAAUUGUGAAAAUUGUUAAAUGCAAUGUUUAAAUUUGGCUUUUCAAAUAACAAAAAAGAUGAAGAAAAAAAUGACGAUACGAAAAAAUCGACAAUUAAUUGGAUUCCUGCUUCAAAAGUGGAGAUUUCGGAAUUACAAAUCGAAAAAUACUACGAAUCGAACGAUUAUACAGAAUAUUUAAUAUUUCCGGAUUGUAAAUUAAAAUUAAUUAGAUCUGAAAAGGCUUUGCAUGAUUUGCAAAAAGAAAAUUGCAGUAAUAUUAUAGAGGCAGAGAUACAACAUUCUGAUCUUAUUCCCGCUAAAUAUGAAGGUGGCUUAAAAAUUUGGGAAUGCAGUUAUGAUUUAGGACAAUAUUUAUCAGAAAAUAACAUUGAAUUCCAAAAUAAAUUUGUUUUGGAUUUGGGAUGUGGUACUGGUAUAAUUGGUCUAAUUGCUCUUCUUAAAAAUUCGAUUGUACAUUUCCAAGAUUAUAAUAUAGAAAUAAUUAAAACUGUAACCAUUCCAAAUGUUAUGUUAAAUUUUGAAGAUCGAAAAAAUAUAUUAAAGAAAUGUCAAUUUUUUUGCGGCGAUUGGGAAUCAUUUACGAAAUUGUGUAACGAUGACAAAGGAUUUAUAGGAUAUGAUCUGAUUUUUACAAGCGAAACAAUUUAUAAUCCUAAUAAUCAUAAAAAGCUGUAUGAAGUUUUUAAACAAAAACUCAAUCAAAAUGGUGUUGGGUUUAUUGCUGGUAAAAGUUAUUAUUUUGGUGUUGGAGGAGGAAUGAGACAAUUUGAAAACCUAAUAAUAGAAGAUGGAAUUUUUGAUGUUAAAAUAGUAUGGAAAAGUAAAGAGGGAUUACAAAGAGAAAUUUUAAAAAUUGAAAGAAAAUAGUAUUAUUUAAGUAGUUUACCUAAGUAGAAUGUAUAACUGAAAAAAUAUUGUCUUUUCUGCAUUUAUAAUAAAUAAUCUAAUUUUUUUUAUAUUA